AGUAAAGGUGAACAACAGAUUUCUACAUCUUCAAAAGAAGAUCUUCUCAGCAGACUGAGUCGAGUCAUUUAUGACAAUCAGUAAGCAGUCAGACUAAAACGAACAAGCUGGUGACUAAGGAAUGUUGAUACUACGAUAUCUAUCUCUGCUAGCGGUUUUAAAUGGAGCUCAUGGGACAAAUUAUGAAAUAAAAGUGACGACAUCGCAGGAACCCUUUGCUGGUACUGAUGCACGUGUGUACGUGAAUCUUAUUGGCGUGAAUGGUGCUUCCACUGGCUCCAUAAAGUUGCAUAAUUCAAUGCAGGACUUCGAAAGGGGAAGAACAGACACAUUUAAUCGAGAUGCAAGCCCAGUAGGCCAUUUGAAGGCUAUAAAAGUGCAUCGUGACAAUUCAGGAUUUGGACCUAACUGGAAACUAGCUCGGGUAAGCUGUUAUAAUCAUUACAGAAUUUUCCUGAUAAUUUCAGACUCUAUUUAUUGUGCGCAGCUUUCAUAG